UCAGUAAAGAUUUACUCAGAAAAUAAGUUUCUGAGAUAAAAAACAGAUGAAAAUGUAAUGUGAAUUGUGUCAUGCGAAGACUUAAAAUUAUUACGGAAUACUCUUAUAAAUGUAUUAAUUCCUACAAUAGAGACUAUUGAACAAAUUGUCUUAUAUGAGUUUUAAAAUGGUUAAUAUUGGUAUUGGUUUUUUGCGUAAAACGCAUUAUCUACAAACUUUAUUUUAUUCGUCACAACCUAAACGAGCAAAUGAAAAGCACAUUGGAAAAGUGGUGAAUGUAGCUAUACUCGGCGCACCUAACUCUGGAAAGAGUACUUUAAUCAAUAACAUUGUCGAGAGGAAGAUAUGUGCAGCUUCCAGUAAAGUUCAUACAACAACAAAAAUGAUACGAGCAAUGUAUUUUAAAGAUGACACACAGAUUAUAUUUUUGGACACACCAGGGGUAGUAUCAACGAAGGAGCAGAAAAAAUAUAAGCUACCUGAAUCUAUGAUUGCUGCAUGUCAAAAAAGUUUGAGGUGUGCUAAUGUCAUAGGAGUUGUUCAUGAUGUCUCAAAUCCAUAUACUAAAGACGUAUUGAACUAUGAUGUUAUGGAUAUGUUGAAAUUAGUUGAAGAUAUACCCAGUUUUCUCAUUAUAAAUAAGGUAGACAAAUUAAAAAGUAAAAAACAACUGUUGGCAAUAAUAAGAAAUUUGACAAAUGGUCUGAUUGCUGGCAACCCCAUACCAGGAUCUGAGAAGAAAAAGAAAAAAGAACAGUUUGAAAAAGGUUAUAGUAAUUUUUCCGAUGUAUUUUUGGUAUCAUCCUUAAAAGGCGAUGGUGUGAGUGAUGUUAGGGAUUACUUGAUAAACAAUGCUAAACCUGCUGCGUUCCAAUAUAAUCCAGAGGAAUGGACUGACCAAUCUCCUGAAUCAUUGAUAAAGGAGGCAGUAAGAGCAAAAUUUUUAGAUUUCCUUUCACAAGAGAUUCCUUAUCACAUAAAAAUUGAGUUGGAAUAUUAUGAAGAGCGUGAAGAAGAAGAUAAAAUUAUAUGUUGCGUAUUAGCAGAGUGUCCUACUGACAGACUUGUCAGAUUAAUAGGUGGUGCCGGCGGUGGUCGUAUAAAUCAAAUAAAAAGUAAUGUUAGAAAUGAUCUAAUGGAUCUAUUUAAAAAACAGGUUUCUAUAGAUAUUAAGUUAAUAACCAAAGAAAAGAAUAUAGAUUAAAUAUUUUUAUUGAUUUUAUCUGAUGGUUUUUGUACUUAGAUUAAUGACUGUGACCUUUUCAUUUAUAUUUA